AUGACAGCGACUGUUUGCCAACCGUCGUCGCUUCAACCUCAAUUAGGCAUUGCCGUUCCUGCGUCUGGGAGGAGCAAACGCACGCCUGCAAUGACGCGGUGUCGCCUGAACUAUUUGAACAACGUGCAUAUUACUAGAAUUAAUAAUGCCAAAGAAAUCCAAACAAACAUUAGAGCAGAAACGAAAGUGCGACCGAUUCCAAAAGCAAAGAAAGUAUGCAGAAAUUAA